AAUGUGCUUUAUAAUAAAUAAAUUUGGAUUGGAUUGGAUUGGAUGUUCACAAAUAUUGACUGAACUUUUCUCGGCCAUGGAAAUAACAUAUUGGGGGAUUCUUAAUUUAGAUGAUGUUCCCCUUUAAAUCAUGAUUUUUUUCUAAGAAUUAGCCUGUGAAAUGGAACUUUUCUGGCCAAAACACAGGUUUGGCUCUAAGAUGCAAAAAGUGUGGAUUUUACGUGUGAAACGUUGCUUCCCCUGCUGCGUGCUGACAUCACCGGGUCCACUACGGCUCCGCCUCCUCCGCAUCUCUCCGGUGAUGCUGAUCCUCCUCCCUCCUCCUGCAUCAGCACCAUUUCUGCCUGGUAUCCUCACACAGAGAGAGAGAGAGAGAGAGAGAGAGAGAGAGAGAGAGAGAGAGAGGGAGAGGGAGAGAGAGAGAGAGAAAGAGAGAGAGAGAGAGAGACUACCCAACCCCAGCAGAGAGGAGUAGAGGCGUCAGACGGCCGCCAGAGCAUCCCGGUUACGCACCGUUCAGAGGCCCCCAUCCAUCCAUCGACGGUUUUUGCAGCUAUACCAGAAACCAGCUGAAGAAGAAGGCACACGGGCCACCACAUUUUACAAAUCAGUGCAAUGGAGAGCCUGCUGGAUAAUCCCAUGAAAGCCGUGCUUUACCUGAAGGAGCUCACCACCAUCGUGCAGAACCAGCAGAGCCUGAUCCAGACGCAGCGCCAACGCAUCGACGAGCUGGAGAGGAAGGUGGAGGACCUGAUAGGAGAGAACCGACAGCUGCGGGACCCCCAUCACUACGUCCAGCAGCAGCCUCAGCAUCACCACCACCCUCAACCUCAACCUCACCACCACCACCGCAGCGCCAGUCCCCAGGCGCCGGCCAACCUCCAUCAGCACCCGGGCAGCAACAAAGCGGCUGCAGCGCAUCUCGGCCAGCAGCAGCCGCAGCAUCAGCACCAGCCGCCGCAGCAUCAUCAGCAGCAGCAGCAGCAGGCGCAUCAGCAGGCGCAGCAUCAGCAGCAUCAGCCUCAGCCUCAGCCUCAGCAUCAGCCUCCUCAGCAGCAUCAGACCCCUCCUGCGCCGGCGACCUCCCACCACCACCCGCAGCAGCUGCAGCUCGUCCCCACCUCGCCGCAGUCCCCCAAAGCGAGCCAAGGCAGCCCGGACUCCUCCACCGCCGAGGAGGACAAGAGGAGCCCCUGCUGCAAGUCGCUGGUUCCGCAGACUCCCACCGCUCUCUGCCGCUCGGUUGGACUCGCCAGGAAAGCCGACAACCAAACGGUGCUCCACCAGUUCUGCUGCCCGGCCCCGGAGGCCCCUGAAGGGGAGACCUCUACUGCCUGUGUCCCCAGCGAUGACCUUUCUCCAGACUCGCCUAUUGGGGAGGAAGGGAAGGGAGGAGAGGGGGAGCUGCAGAGUGAGGUCGAGUCACAACAGCAGCCCGAGCAACAGCAGCAAGAGGCUCAGCCACAGACUGAACCGCCACAGCCCCAGUGUGAGCCCCAACCACAGACUCAGCCAGAAAACAAACCUCAGCCAGAACCCGAACCCGAACCUGAACCCGAACCCGAGCCCGAACCCGAACCCGAACCCACACCGGAGCCCGAGCCUCAGCCCGAAGUCGAGGCUUCGAGUGAGGAGGAAGCAGCGGCAGAGGACGCCCCCGAAGCCCCUUCGCCUUGCAGAGAGGAGCACACAGUGGUGGAGCAAGAGGAGGAAACGCUGGAAGAAGUCGAGGAGGCAAAGGGAAAGCAAGAGGGAGAGGAGGCGCAGCCCGAGCGGUGUGAGGGCGAGGCAGCACAGGAAGAAGAGGAGGAGGAGGAAGGGGGAGGAGCAAAAGGAGGUGGGGCGGGGAGGAGAGCCAGCCUGCACCACACGGCCUCGCCCUUGAGGGUGCAGCGCAACGGGGCCGGCUCGCACUCCGCCACCUCCGACUAUGAGCUCUCGCUUGACCUCAAAAAUAAGCAGAUCGAAAUGUUAGAGCACAAAUACGGCGGCCACCUCAUCUCCCGCCGUGCCGCCUGCAAAAUCCAGACCGCCUUCCGCCAGUACCAGCUCAGCAAGAACUUCGAGAAGAUCCGCAACUCGCUGCUGGAGAGUCGCCUGCCUCGACGCAUCUCCCUGCGCAAGGUCCGUGUGCAAAACACGGAGGGUUUCUCCGCUGAGCGGGCCCUGGCCGAAGGCUGCAACUUGACAGGCAUCCCGUUGGUGCGCUCGCCAUCUCUGCCCGCCACGGUCGGCGGCUCCCUGACCGACCUGGAGGACUCGUUCACCGAACAGGUGCAGUCGCUGGCGAAGUCCAUAGACGACGCGCUCAGCAACUGGAGCCUGAAGACCAUGUGCUCGCUGCAAGAAGGCGGCACGUAUCAGUUCAGCGCCGACUCCUUCAGCGCAGCAGCAGCAGCAGCGGGAGUAGGAGGUGGAGGAGGAGAAGGAGGUGGCGUGGGAGAGUCGACGAUUCAUCAAGGCCCGGUGGACCCGAGUGACCUGUCGAGAAGUGCGAGCAAGCUGAUGAUGGCGUUCCGGGAUGUGACGGUGCAGUUCGACAGCCAGAACUUCCGCGUUUCGUCUUCAGUCAUGGAGUCGUCCACCGUCACCGUCGGCAGCUGCGUCCAACAAGAAGGAGCUCCCAUCACUGUCACAUCUACUUCCACAACACCAAACUCCACUCCAGCCUCUGUUCCUCCCAUCUUCUCACAAGAACCCUCUCCUCCCCCUGCAGAGCUCCACCCAGAACCCAUAGAUCCCCCGCCGCCCCCUCAAGAGCCCCCGCCACCCCCAGAAUCAGACUUCGAAGAAUACGAGCAGGAUGUUGAAUUCCCCGCUCCUCCUCCGAGUGAAGAAGAGCUCGGGGAGGUGGAGCAGCCUUUCCUAACCCCUCUGGAUAAGAUGGCUGCUCCUCAAAGCCCAGAGGAGGUCGUGGUGGUGAUGCCACCAACCACGGGGCCCCCUCACGCUGCUGCUCCACCACUGCUGGGGAGCUCGCCCAUGGCAGAGCCGCUGGAGGUCAAGCGGUGCGGCUCGGAGACAGCAGAUAACAGCUCGGAGCAGAUGAGCAGCAGCAGCACGUCCACGGAGGCACGCUCCACAUCGGAAGCCUCGUCCAAGGAGGCGCUGCAGGCCAUGAUCCUCAGCCUGCCACGCUACCAAUGUGAGAACCCCGCCAGCUGUAAAUCGCCCACGCUGUCCACUGACGUCAUGCGGAAACGCCUCUACCGCAUCGGCCUCAAUCUCUUCAAUGUAAACCCUGACAAGGGUCUUCAGUUCCUGAUCUCUCGAGGCUUCAUCCCAGACACACCCAUCGGCGUCGCCCACUUCCUGCUGCAGAGGAAGGGCCUGAGCCGACAGAUGAUCGGAGAGUUCCUCGGCAACAGCAAGAAGCCGUUCAACAGAGACGUCCUAGAUUGUGUGGUGGAUGAGAUGGACUUCUCAGGCAUGGAGCUGGACGAAGCGCUGAGGAAGUUUCAGGCCCACAUUCGUGUCCAGGGAGAAGCCCAGAAGGUGGAGCGUCUUAUCGAGGCCUUCAGUCAGCGCUACUGCAUGUGUAACCCCGACGUGGUGCAGCAGUUUCACAACCCGGACACCAUCUUCAUCCUGGCCUUCGCCAUCAUUCUGCUCAACACCGACAUGUACAGUCCGAACAUCAAGCCCGACCGCAAGAUGAUGUUGGAGGACUUCAUACGCAACCUACGAGGUGUAGAUGAUGGAGCAGACAUCCCCAGAGAGAUGGUGGUGGGAAUCUAUGAAAGAAUACAACUGAGGGAGUUACGCUCCAACGAAGACCACGUCACCUACGUCUCAAAGGUUGAGCAGUCCAUCGUGGGCAUGAAAACGGUUCUCUCUGUUCCUCACAGAAGACUGGUGUGCUGCAGUCGACUCUUUGAGGUGACGGAUGUCAACAAGGCCCAAAAACAGGCAGCACACCAGAGAGAAGUCUUCCUCUUCAAUGAUCUCAUUGUGAUCUUGAAGCUUUGUCCAAAGAAGAAGAGUUCUGCAGCCUACACUUUCUGCAAAGCUAUGGGCCUACUCGGCAUGCAGUUUCACCUGUUUGAAAAUGAAUAUUACCCUCAUGGCAUCACCAUCCUCUCACCGUUUGGCUCAGACAAGAAGCAGGUACUUAACUUCUGUGCCCAAAGCGCUGAGGAGCUGCUCAAGUUUGUAGAAGACUUGAAGGAAUCAAUCGCGGAGGUGUCGGAGAUGGAGCAGAUACGCAUCGAGUGGGAGCUGGAGAAGCAGCAGGGAGCCAAGACGCACUCGGUAAAGAACAACGGCACACAGCUAGAGCUGCGCGGCAAACAGGGCUCCCCAUCAGGAAACCAGGAGAUAGAUGACAGAAGUGGACACAAUGCAGUAGAGGUGUCAAUUCACAACAGGCUUCAGACGUACCAGCUCAGCAGCAGCACGGCUCGGAGUCCCGAGAGCAUGGCCCUUCUUAACCACCGGGGGGAGCUGCUUUUCCAGCAGGGGCCCCAGGGGCUAAUCCACGGGCCGGCGGCGGCGCCUUCACCUCAGCACCCGCAGCUGCAGUCAGCGGCGAGCACCCCCGCCCACCACCUCCACCUACAGCAGCACCACCAGCCGGCUGUCAGCAUGGCCGACCUGAGGCCCGAGACACUCAUCCAGUGUCAGCAGAUCGUCAAGGUCAUCAUGCUCGACAACAGCGGCCACGGGCACAUGGAGGCCUUCCUCAGCCAGACGCCCACACACCACCACUACCAGCAUCACCACCACCACCACAGCCACCACCAGCUCAGUCAGUCGGCCAUGUCCACCCCAGUCCGCUCGCCGGACAGCUCCCACGGCAAUGACGGCCACCAGCCGCCGCUGCCUCCCCCACCUCCGCCUUACAACCACCCACACCAGUAUAUACCCCCCGAACCCAACCUCAGUCUACACCGGACCCCAAGUGGCUCUCGGAGCAUGGUGUAAAUAAAUUAAUUAGUAUUAGUACACACACUCCCACACAAAAACCCUUCUAUUUAAAAAGUACAUAAUGUACAUAUAUACAUACAGAUGAAAGAGCUAUAAUGAAAAAAAAUUACACUUAUAUGCAUAUAUUUAAGGAAAAAAAUUAAAAAGAAAUAUCAAGGUUUUAAAAGAGAAAUAAAGUGCAUAUUUAAAGUUUUACUUGAUUCCACAUGUAUUUUGAAAUAUUAUGUAGUUUUAACAAAUUUCUAUAACUUUUUUGUCAGUUUUAACUCUUGCUAGAGAAAACACAGAUAUUCAGUUUCUGGAUGGAUUCCUUCUAGUUCCGGUAUUCACCACCACCGCCCGCCGCCACCAACAACAACAGCAGAAAUGGACCGCGAUGGCUGGACGCACUCCGAGGGACCUUCCGCUUCUGUUCGCUUCUCUCAUCCCAAACCUCAUGCCUACUGUGCUGUAUGUGCGCGUGCGUGCAUAGUGGACACUUUACUGAAAAACGUGUGCCAAAAUACAUAGCCUCCACUAAACACUGACUUCUUUGCACUUGACUAAACGCUAGGGCUAGAAGAAAAAGAAAAAAAACUCCUUCCUUUGCUUUGAGAAAAUAGUCCUUUCACAUCGCUUCUCCCUCAAGGAGCACAAAAAAAUGAAUAACAAUUUCAAUUUCAUAAAAAAAAGAAAAACUAUGUCCCCAUUUGCACCGUUCCUGAUUUAUUUAUGUGAUGGAGAGCCUUCGCUCUUCUUCUCUGCUACCCUGGAUAAAAAAA